AACUGGAACAUGAGGCAUGGUGGAAAUGUGCAUGGUUCGAACUGUGCCCCGGCAUCGAUGCCGAGCGGUUCAACAGAAAUUGCAUGUAGAAUAUGUGACCGUGUGUUUAUGAGCACCCAAGCCCUCAUAAACCACAUAGAGUCUCACAUAGUGGAUGAUGGCCUCACAGCCUCAAGAUUAAGGCAGCUCACUCAGCAAACCAACACUAACCCUCCGAUCCGAGGCAAUCCUGCAUUUCCAUUGCAAAACCCUUUUCAUCAACGAAACCCUUUCCAUGAUGUUCAUAAUAACCAAAUUGGUUUUGCACCCCCGCCGCCUCAUCAUCAAUAUCCAUAUCCACAACAACAACUUUCUCCUUAUGCACUGCCAAGAAACGUUAACGUUAACGUUAACCAGGGAGUUGUUGGGUCGCAUUACAUGGUGAUGCAGUCUGCUAAUCAAACGGCGGCGCGCAUGGCGAGUGAGGAGGACGAUCUUUCCAGUGAUUGCACCAUGCCGCUUCUCAGUCAGCUGGAGCGCCCUCUUCCGCCGGUGAAUUAUGAAUUGGACCAUCGUGGAAACAUUGGUGAAGCAAGUUCAGAUAAUCUGGAUUUGACCUUGAAGCUCUAGGAGCAUGAAUAAUUAUUAAUUGUAGCCGUUUUUCUGA